UACUUUGUUGUUGUUAUUGUGAUUUUUAUUUUUUAACUUUUGAGUACAUCAAAAAUAAAGUUCCUUUUUUUUAUUAUUAAAAUUUACAUUGGUAUUAGAUUUUAUUAAUUUUUUUUAUUAAAUGUUUAGUAAAUAUUAAGUGUAAUCUUUAACCAUUAUUUCAUCAGUUAGAACCCAAGGAAAUAAUUUUGAUAAAUAACACUGUUCAGUAUUAUGGUUGUUUAUAUCUAUAGGUAUUAUUACUUAAUUUGAGACAACAGACAUAAUAUUUCAUAAAACACUAUAGUACCGCAUUGAAGACUAAUUACUUGAUCGAAAAUGUCUUUUCAAUCAUUAGAUCUUCUCUUACAACAAGCAGAUGUAUCGGAAAAUAAAAAUUUUACGAAAAAAUCAGACAAGAUUAAUUUACAAACACCAUUUGGCUUGAAUGAUUUGAUGUUUGAUGACAAUGAGUUAUAUUCUUGUGAUCAAGAUAUUACAUCUUCAAUGUCACAACUACAUCUUAAUAAUCAAGUGACUGGUGAAUGCCAAAACAUAUCAGAUUAUAUAAGUAAACAUUUAUCAUUAUUAUCUUCGGAUGAACCUAAACUUUCAGUUGUUGAAAAUACUAAUAAAAUUGAACCAAAACUACCUCUUUCUGACGUGAAAAAUGGGUGUUUCAAUAAUAUUAAAUGUGAAGAUAAAACUAACUCUAAGCAACCUCUAAACAAUAAAAGUAGCUAUAUUAAAAAAUACAAAAUAUUCCGUACUAAAUCAUUAGCUAAGGUGCGGAAAUCACCUUUAGAAAAACCAGAUUCAGGUUUAAGUUUAACAUUGGGACGAAAAUACCCAAAAUCAAGUUUAAACUUAAUGAAUAAUUAUCUCUGUAAUGUAUUGAUCGAAACGCGAAGCCGCGGGUUCAAAUUUAACACCCCUUCUCCGGACGAAUCAGUGUUAUCUUGGAUGGAUAUUGUUAGACAAAUGCCCAAUAAAUAAAUAAAUAAGUGUUACUGUGCUCCUAAAUAAAUUAUUUGUAAUUUAA